GGGCUCCUGAUCUGCAUGAAGGUAGAAAGAGAGAUUUUCCUCUUUCUUCCCUCAAACUGAAGAACACAUAUGUAAAUCCUUGUUUUUCCUCGUGAGGCAGGGGAGGCCAUAGCCACAAUGCUUAACUGCAUGCAUCUAACCCGGGGCUGGUUUUAACCCCAGCGCUCUGACCUAAACUGCUCAGCUCCCGGAAAUUCCAAGGAACCCGGUGGCCUUAGUCCUUCAGGUGGAACAGCGUGAGACAUGGGAAAGAAAACCAAGCGGACAGCUGACAGUUCUUCUUCAGAGGAUGAGGAGGAGUACGUCGUGGAGAAGGUGCUAGAUAGGCGUGUGGUUAAGGGGCAAGUGGAGUAUCUACUGAAGUGGAAAGGCUUUUCCGAGGAGCACAAUACUUGGGAGCCUGAGAAAAAUUUGGAUUGCCCUGAGCUAAUUUCCGAGUUUAUGAAAAAGUAUAAGAAAAUGAAGGAGGGUGAAAAUAACAAACCCAGGGAGAAGUCAGAAAGUAACAAGAGGAAAUCCAGUUUCGCGAACAGUGCUGAUGAUAUCAAAUCCAAAAAAAAGAGAGAGCAGAGCAAUGAUAUCGCUCGGGGCUUUGAGAGAGGAUUGGAACCAGAAAAGAUCAUUGGGGCGACAGAUUCCUGUGGCGAUUUAAUGUUCCUAAUGAAAUGGAAAGACACAGAUGAAGCCGACCUGGUUCUUGCGAAAGAAGCUAAUGUUAAGUGUCCACAGAUUGUGAUAGCAUUUUAUGAAGAGAGACUGACGUGGCAUGCAUAUCCUGAGGAUGCGGAAAACAAAGAGAAAGAAACAGCAAAGAGCUAAAGGAGGGGGUGGUCUUUGUCAUUUCUCUUUGUACAUAAUACAUCCACCUCCCUGCCUCCUCUCCCUCUACCCAUCCCCUUCUCUCUUAAACACAUCCAUAAAAAUGUGCUUAUCACUGUGCUCCACAGGAGAAAUGUUGGUAUUGGUUCUCUUGUAACAUAACUGAUGGUCUGAUUCAUGAAAAGUGUCUCUCUGUGAAGACCAGGCAUUUACAUACUGUGUGUAAUUCCCACAGUUUUUUCCUUUGCCCUCCUCUCUUCCCUCUGCUCCCUUGUGACCUCAAGAUGAGUUUGAACUUUUUAAUCACCUUAGAGUCUUGAUCUUUUCAAGGUUGGUCGCUUUUUAGAUGGGGGAUUUUGUUACAAUGAUGAUUCAUUUUGGUUUCUUGCUUUGGCUCUUAGAACAUGUUGAUGACCAGCUAGCCUUUGUGUUGAGAUGUUGGGAUGGAAAAGAUGUUGCCCAUCUUUUUAAAAAGCCAAUAGCAACUGCCUACCUGUUGGGGCUUUCCCAACCUCAUUCAGCUCUCCCCAGGAGAAUACAGGGUUCCUGGUGUGGUCUUCUGGGCCACCCUCUGUUGUUCAUCCUCACCCAUCCUCUCAUAAUAGUUCCAUCCUUUGGAGGACUUGAAAUUUUACAUUCAGAUUUGUCAAGGCACUCCUUUUAGCCCCAGGACUUUGGGCCUUGUUUCUUUAGCAGUCCCUAAUUCUGCUUCUGCAGGUUGGUGUAGUCUGUCAUAAAAUGACAAGAUUAUUAACUGUGGAGAUUUUUAGCUGUUAGUACAUGAGGAUGAUAGGGUAGGAUACAAUUGUCUUUAUUGUCACAUGCUGUAUAUCUGUACUGUUUCCUUCCACCCCUCCUGUUUGGACUAUGUGUUUAUGUAGGUGUGAGUGGCAGCCUGGUGCUUGCUUGUGCCAAGGUGCUAGGCACCCGCCAACCCUGCCAACUUCGGUGGCCUCCCAAAACAUUCCUGUUACCAAAGAGGCUUUGAACCUGACCCACACUUCUCAGUGAACCCAUUUCCCCUCCAUGCCAAUAUUUUCAGUGGGGAAUUCUUGGAGGGGAGCCAUUGGCCACAAUAUCAAUUUUAAAUAUUCAUAGCAUUUGUGAUCAUAAAUUUCCUGCUUUGUUGACUCCUGGAUUUGCCACCAAGAUUCCCCGAAGUGGUAAUACUCUUUCCUUUUUCCACCCUCAAACUCUUAGUUGUAUCUUUUUUUUUUUAAUGCAUUUAUUUGGAAGACUAUCACCUCAGAGAGUGACAGGCUCCCCAUAUUAGCAUGUUGACACAACCUUCUCUUCCAAUUGAGCAAAAUAGUUCCCUUUUGGCUUCUUCCUGUGUUACCAUUAUAUUGAGAGGUUAUUUUUCCAAUCAUACCCUUCUGCCUUUGUUCCCCAAGAAGCGCCCUACUUCUCUUCACCCUUUUUUUCCUUGUAGAUGAAGGAGGCUAGAGAAUUAAGACUAAAAGUAAGGAAAUAGCAGGGUUUUGAGCAUCCUUGUCCCAGCCCAAAGCUGAGGGAAAAAGAAUAAAUGCUUGAAAUAGCCUUAACUCUAGAGUUCACCAGCCAUUGAGGUUGUUUUUUGUGGUUGCUUCUGAUUUUUAAAACAUAGCUGUCUGGCGAGGAGCGUUCAACCAUUUCUAGAUUAUUCAGAGUAAUGAGGGGAAUGGAGAGAUUGCUCCAGUCCGCAGAUGAGCCGAAUAAUAUGCAAAUCAUAUACCCAUUCAUAGCAUUUGUUAACAUUGCUUCCCUGCUCAGCUGCUGAUUGAAUUUUGUGUGCUUGUAUAAAUUAUGUCAAAAAUUAUAGUGCACAGUUGAGAAGACAGCUGUUGCUGCAGUGACAUGACAGACUGGAACAAUGAAGCUUUUGGUUUCAGCCAUCCAGGAAAAUCCUUCUGAAUGGUAAUGUGAUUGGGUGAGAACUCAUAACCCAUACCUCAAGUGGGUAGGAGUUUUAUCUCCAUCUUCCUUAACUCUCUGAAGGAAUUAAAGGCCUAGAUCAAGUGUUGGAUAAUUGACAGUUGUUGGUGCUUAAUCUGAUGGGCAUCUGAAAGAAAGAAAGGUUGGUCAGGAAAGAGAUUUUUCAUACAAGUAACUAAGGAUAUCAGUUAGGGUAUACAGACUAGGACAGAAGUGGUCCAGAGCCCCCGAGGAGGUGAACUAGGUCUCUCAGUUUGCAGGUGUGUCCACAUAGCCAGUGUGUCCCCCAGGAGCAGUAGGCAUGUAAGCAGACUAUGGCCGUCAUAUUUUUGGAGCCCAAAUCGAGCAUGUGGACAAAGAUUGCAACAGUUAUUUGGUACUGAGAUUGGUCCUGAGAAACCUGGGACACGUGGUUGCCUGGGAUAUAGGUAAUAUUUAAGACAUUCAUCACGAUCUGAUUUCUUUUAGCAAAAUAACCCCAAUAUCUACUGCUACUCACCACCCCUUUAGUAUUUCACUCCAUUCAUCUUUUUCUGUCCACAGUUUACUGAAUCAUGGUCUUGUAUUUAGUGCUGUCCAAACAACCUGUUCUACCCCUGCCUACCCACAGUGACUUCUGCAGGAAUGGGGGGAGCCAGCAGCCAAUACUGAUCUCAGCCCUCAGCAGAAAGGAAACCAGAUACCUGCCUGCGCCUCCAGCAUUUGUCAGUGCUGAGUAGCUGUCUGGGCCCUUGGAGAGUUGCAACCUCAAGCAGGAACCUGUUUUCACAGGGCUGUCUCCUCUCAGAAGAGUUAGGAGUCCUGGGCUAAGCACUCUUAAACAUCUAGGUCUCAGGUGCUCACAGUUUAUUUUUUCCUGUUUUAAGCCCUCUUUCAAAACAUCUUUCUAGUGCUGAAUUUUUCUUCCUUACUGUAAUCAGCAUUCAGGGAUUUCACCUUCCACAGUCUGUAGCAGAGCUUUGACCAGCAGAGUCUACCAAGGUCAGCAUAGCUGCUUUUCCAAGCCCUGGACUGGGCAGAUGGCCUCACGUUAAGAUCAGCUGUUCGAGAACGUCAGCCCUGAUGGAAGCACCAUUUUUAACCUGGAGAGGUCUGUAUCAUUUUCCCUCCUGCAGUCCGGUUUUUGUCUGCUCAAGGGAGCAUUUGGACCUGUGGUGUUCCUUAACAUUCGAAAGUCUAGAUGGUCCUCGGCUCUCCCCCAGCCGUAUGUCUGUACUACUGUUGUUGAUGAAAAGUUGGGCCUGUUCCUGUACUUUGGGCAAUUGUAGGUUAUUCUUAACUCUUCGUUCCUGUGCCGUGGCCUCCCUGCGGUCCAUUUCCCUUAUCUUCAGGCCAAAUCCUAGGGCCUUGAGGGAAAUGCUUGUGAUUUUCAUCUUGUGAUUUUCUUGGGUCUGUUUUUGCCCAGUUCACUUAAGGUACAGCGAGGAGUCAGAGGAAUCUCUUUGGGCUGGGGAGUGAGAGAUUGUCGUUGCCCUUAGAGUUCAAAUUUGAGGGCCUAAAAUGCUAGUUUGCAACAACAUGAGAACCCCAGGAAGGGUUAUGUCACUAGAUUGGACAUGUGGAAAUUGUUUCUCACAAAUUAGGUCAAAGGAAAAGCUCAUUUUGCAACCAUGACUCCAUCCUUUUGGUUUAGGUUUUUAGAGUGAAAAUUUUUAGUGUUGAAGUCUGUACCUUUGUUAAUCAGAUCACCAAGCAAGCAUACCUGCUGCAAGGUGGAGAGAGGAAAGGACUGGACCUGGUGUUUUCCAGUUUCAUUUUGGCUCUACUUCUUGCAUAACUAAUCAUAAAAGUUAUGUUUUCAAAAAAAAUUAUAUUUUCAAAAACAGAUGUUACAAGUCUUGCACCCAAGAACAUAUGCUCAAAAUUGGGUGCCCCCCCCAACCCAGUUAAUCAUGAUGGCUUUCUAUUGAGCCACCUAUAUUCCAGCCACGUUAGUGUACGUUGGCGUCCAUUUCAUUCAACAAAGUUUAAAAAGAUGUAGUCCCUAACCUUAAUUUCCAUACUGGUGUGGGAUGAAUAGUUCAGCGUAAUAAGUGCUAUAAAUGGGUACACAGUUCAGAUUUGGGGCAGAGACAACUGGUUGGUAUAGUUUGUGGCCCUAGAGUAGGAGAUUGACGGUUCAUGUGUAGAAAAGACGUAUGACCUUGGAUGAACUGAACUAACUGGCCAUAGAUGGGCCACAACAAGGACCUGUUUGAUUCCAGGAAAUAAAGAUAACUGAGAGUUGGUUAGAAAUGCUGUUACUGAGAGAGAAAACAACACGUUGAGACAACAAAACAACACCCUGGUUUUGCUCCCUAUUUUAGGCUCUUUGACAGCGUAUUGAAUGGUAUAGUUAAUCCUUGGUUGUGGAAAGUAUUAACUGUGUGGCAGUGUUGUUACAUUAUUGUAGGUUCUGUAAAAAUGUGUUCCUCGUGGAUAUUUUAUCAGAGUUGCUCACACCUUUUUCAGUUUCUCAUCCCUUUUGAAGGAAUUUACAUGAGGCUGGCUUGAAGCCUAAAACAUAAAGGAGGAACAUGCUUUCCAGUGACAAAAGAGUUGCUAAAGUGAAGGCUCGGGACACUUCUAGUAACACCUGGGCAUCUAUUCUGGGCAGUUCAGUUUUCUUUAGGACUGUAGGAUGGUGAUUUCUAAGCAGAGACUUGUUUCAGUUAUGUGGAAACCUCUCCCAGAAAUAUACAUGCCCUGGAGUCUGGGAUUCAGUCAGUCUAGGGAGGUCUAGGGUGCGGGCUAGCCCUGUUAAGAAACAGUCUGAUCUUAGUUCUGGCCAUGUGACCACAGGAAAACAGUCCUUUUCUCUGCCUGGGUAAUUGAGAGUUGAAUAAUUGAAAGUUGACUAGCUUUGGAAGUCAAACUUCCCAAGAAUUAAAAUAACUGUGUUGGAAAAUUAAAGUGUGAAGGGUUUUUGGAUAGUAAACAUUCUGGUUUCUUUUUGCUUGUGCUGGAUUUCUUGAAUUUUAAACUACCUCAUCUUGUCUUUUUAUUUUAGAGUUACUUCAGCUUGUCGUUGUCACUUUAACAUUGUGCUUGGCUUUGGUUGUUUUCUAAGAUGGAAUAUUUCCUAUUCACUGAAAGCAUGUUUCUUUGCCUUUUAUCCUGAUCCUCAUUUCACCUAUCGUCAUCUCAUGUUGCUCCUGUCAGAGAAAUCUUUUAAGAUAGUUUAAAACCUUGGUUUACGGGCAGAAAGUGAUCCUCCAGUGCUGUUUGUCUCUGAGGUCAGUAAGAGAAGGAGUUAAAACAAGGUGGUGGAGGAGGGGACAACCUGCACUGGAGGCAGCCGACAAGGGAAGAGCUAUUAAUUAAGACAAUUUCAAAGCCAACUGAUUGUGAUCAUUAAUGUCACAAUAGAUCAAAACCUAAUUAUCACACCCUAGGUAAGAGCCAUCAGUAUUAAUCAGAAAAUCUAAUAGGAAACUAUUAUCAAGAAAUUAGGCCAAAUUGAAUGCAAUGAACUUUUUAUCUUCUCUCUCUCUUCUUCUUUUUUUUUUUUUUUAAAUUUGGAGAUGUCCCUUGGCAUUGGCAGGUGUGACCCUCACAGCUGACCCAGGUCCCAGUGGCCUGUUCAUCAUGCUUUUUGAGAAAUUCCAACACAGACUGAACCAGAACUGUCACUGCUGCUUUAAUCAGUCUUGAACUUUCUUGUCACCUGGACUUAUCCAGUGUGAUCAGCAAUCAAUGAAAAAAGGGUUAUAUUUAGGUCUUGGAAUGAUUGGUCCUUCCUGGAACGUGAGGAUUCCUGGUGAGCAUUGUAUUGUGUGUGUUGAUAAAUCAUUUUUUGAGCUUCUGAUGUACAUAGGGUCUUGUUGCUCUGGCUACUAAAAGAGGGCACAGAGGAAAGGAGGGCUUCCUGCCCGGAGAGUCUUUGAGAUGAGCUGAGAAGACAGUUUCGUCGUGUCCAGCACUUUUAAGGCUCAAGUCAGUGUUUUGCAGUUUCUAGUAGCUUUAGGAUUUGAGUCUAAACCAGGGCUGGCUGUGGGUUUAGAUUUUUCCCUCUAGAGUUAGGAUAAGGGUCAUAAUAAUUUCCACCAGAAUUCAGUGUAAGUCCAAAUGAGGGGGAAAGAGUGUUUUUUUCCUUUGCCUUUCUUUUGUUAAAGAGUUAUGUAGCUGGCAGGAGGUAAGAACAUUACAAGAGUCUUCUGACCAGUUACUUCACACCUUCUCCCUGAAUGGAAAAGUAGAUGUCAUCGUUUAUAUCCUUAACUUUGAGCUAUUUGUGAAGUUGCUGAAACUCCUGAAGUUGGAACAGCGGCAGAAAGUUUGGAAAGAUGCUGCCCCCGAGUGUUGUGGGGAGGGACAGGCGGCAGCAGGAGGGUGUUCAGUGGUGCUAGAUCCCUGCACCCCUUUCCCCACCGACCUUGCAGCUCAGAGCACUGCUGAGGAAAUGGUUCUUAGCUUUCUGCUUGAGUGUGGUCUUGCUUCGUUCUGAAUGUUAGGAAUUUGGGUUAGUCGGUGUAGAACUUUGAGAAAUCAGUGUGACUUAAUCCUUCACCUCUUAGGAUAAAGUAUUUCUUUACAAGAGAAUUCAUGCCCUUAACGUUUAAAAUGUAAUUUUAUUUUCAAAACAUCCAUUAACAGAUGACUUUCAGAAGCGGUUUGUUUCUUCUCCAAGUUUCUUUGCAUUAUGCUAGGUAAGGUAAUAGGCCAUCAGUUAAUAGUUGUGGGUUGAUUGAGUUCAUCUAGUUUGCAGAGGGAGGUGUGCCUACUGACUUCCUUUUGUUCCCAAGUGCACUCUAAGAAGUGAAAUGCUCCAGGGCGUGGAAUAAGAAUGGAGUGGAUGCUGACUAUGUGUGCCAACCUCCUCAAUUGAUUCAUAAUGGCUGACCUUGGGCAAGUCACUCCUUUCAAUGCCUCAGUUCCCCAUCUGUCAAAUGGGGGUAAUAAUACUGACCUACCUCACAGGGGUGUUGUGAGGCAUUGUAAAUCAAAGUUGAUAGAAUACUUUAGGGUCCUCAACGGAGGAUGCCUUGAGCCGAAGUCUAGGCCUACCAUAGGCUUUUGUCCUCACUGAGCUGUCCCAAGGUUGGAACUCCUUAGUGACCUCGGCAAGUUUUCUGCCCCCCACCCCUCAUCAAAGCUGCUAGUUCAGAUGUUGACAGUGUUUUCGUGAAUGUUGGAGUCUUAAUAGUCCAGAUUUACUUAAGAUGUUAUAGGGGGAGGCACUUAGUAUUUUCUAUGUCUUGCAUCCACAAAGAGAGGCCGUUUGAGACCCAAGAGCAUUGGAUUAGGGAAUCUGGGAUGCUCUGCUUGUUUCUCUGCAGGUUGGGAAUUAAGGUCCCAUACCCCACGGGCUUGGAACAGACUUGGGCUGUCGCAGGAGCAAAGCGCACACAGUGGGUUUGAUUUGUAUCAUUGCUUGUUGCUCCCUGAACUGAUCCCAGGACAGCUGGGUCACUUCACCCCUUCGUGGCAUCUGUACCUGAGCCUCCGCCUCCACCUCCCUAUAGGAACCAGCUGGUUCAGUAAACAUAACCACUUCCUUUAUCCCCCACCGAAAAAGAGCCACAUUGGAAAUUUUUUUUUCUAGCGAUAUGUUUAACAUUCAGAAUUGGGCAUUGAUACUCCUGAAAGCUUCAUCCAAUUCACUGUGUUCAGCAUCUGUCAUCUCUUUCUCAGUGUCCACAGUCUAAACUUUCCUGACUUUGACCUUUUUUUCCCCUGUGGUUUGGGAAAACUUUGGACACUAUUUCUAUUUGCCCAGGUGUGGGCUCAAGAGCCUUACUCUCCAUCUCAGUUUAGGGGCUCAGCCAGCUCCUCUUCCCAAUAGGGCUCUUUCUCCUCUCCCUCUCCUUGGCCCUGAUGUGUAACCUAUGAAAAAGCACAAGGUCCUGGCCCCUUGCCGCGGUCACAUUCCGGUUCUCGGUGUUUUGUGGACUCAGCUCCUCUCUUCACUGCACUGGCGGCACCAGGCGGUUCUGUGGAGUCCUGGAGGAUGGAGAGAGCAUGGUCUGACAUCCUGCCGAGUAGCCAGGGGUUGAUUCACCCAUGGCCCAUAGGCCUCCCCACCCCUUCCCACAGGAUGGGAUCUAAGAGACUCAAGAGGCUGGGUUUCGUUCAGCGCUCUGUACCAUCCUGAGGAGCAAAGCAAAUCACUUUGUAGCCAGAUUUCUGAAUGGAAACAUGGGAAACUGAGUUCUCUAUGGACCUUUUUGGUUUGUGGGGGAGUUUUGGUUGUGUUUCUUGGUUUUAUUUCAGCCAAACAUGUCUGCUUUCGAUUUUUUUUUUUAGGAUAAGUGGUAUAUAUAUAUGUUCGCCUUUUAAAUGUAAAUGUUUAAAAGUAGGCAAUUUAUGUGUUUCCACAACUGACAUCUGAUGCAGACCUCAUUCUCUCCCCCUCUUCCACCCUCCUCUUUUCCCUCUUUUCAUACUCUUGUAUUGGUUCUAAUAAAUGGUUGCUUUUCAAA